AUGUCAGUGACUCAGGACUUGAAUCCGAUUGCCCAGAAAGUUCUCGAAAUUCCUAUGAAAUUCACCAACAGAGGGCCAAUUCUUCAACUGGUGUUUCAUUCCGACUCGAGUCAACUUUUAGUUUACAUGACUGGAACUAUUUGUAUCAUCUCGCUAUUGUCCUUAUCGGUGACCCAUUCUUGUGAAUGGCCAAAUCCGGAGUGCAAAUGGGUCACUCACCCUCAAGAUACCAACCUCGUACUUGGCGUGGGACCAGAUGCUUUGUACAUGUCGGAUUGGACUCUGACUAGACACAAAAAAUACGCAUUCGAAUAUCCGAUCAUUGAAGAGACCCAAAGAUUUGGUGAAUUGCCUCCAUUUAACUCAUGAUAAGAAACACGUUUUAGCUCAAGUAUCGCUUCUCAGUCGAACCUUGAACGAAAAUAUGUACAUGUUCUUUGAGAUAUCAUCGAUACCCACAGCGUUCGAGGACCCAAGGAAUAAAAUAUCUGUGUCAUUUCUUCCAAAACGUAUUUCGUCUCAGAUUUCUGUCACACUUUCAUUCACAUCUAGCGAUCGCCUAGUAUUCCUAUCAGAGGAUUCUUCAACUUGUUCCUUGAAGCUCCCAGGACAAUUCCUGACGAAACCUAAUGUCGAACCGAAAAAUAAGGUAGUUGAGGAAGAAAUUAAAACUUUGUUCUCUCUUCCUGGGGAUUGGAUUAGUAGAGUUAAUUUGGAGCUGUGUUGCAUUUUGUAUAUGGAAAGAUCAUUAUUGUGCCCACGGAAUGGUGAGGUGGCUAUUGUUAGAUGCGCUGCUUUACGCUGA